UUAUAUUCUUUAAGUUUCUACAAAUUCGUGGCUCUUAAUAAAACCACUAAUUUAAAUGAGGAAUAUUUCACGAGAAUGAGAAAGGGGGAAGUAAAACCAACUCUGAAAGCCCAAGAAUUCUUUACGAGUGCCUUGCCAGUUCCGGAGGAAUUUACUCAGAAGUCUCUGCUUAUUAUCACCAAAAAAGGAAAAAUUAAACUUCUGGGAACUGAAAAACUGCAAAAUAUCAGCAAAUCAGGGAAGAAAUUAAUUAAUCUUUACCAGAAAACUAUUGAAAAAUGUUCCCUUCACCAAUCUCAGUUAGUUGAACAUAAGGCUAUUUCGCAUGUUUGUGGUAUAGGUUGUCAACAAUUACGAGAACUCCAAAAAGAAAUUAGGGAGUGCGACGAAGGAAUUGAACUCAUCAUCAAAAGAAAAAGCAAAGAUGGGGUCGUGAAAAACUUGAAAGUUCCCAUUUAUCGCCAG